UCCAGUUUAUGAGUCUUAUCCAGUUGCCAACUAGAGCUGCCUUGAAUUGCCCCCAUUUACACAAGUCUUCAAUGGCGUUACUUCGCCUACUGUGUUGUCCAUCCCUAUUUCCUUCAUCAUCAUCCACUUUGUUUCCCCUUCACCAUCAUUCUACAACUCUCCCCAUUUUACUAUCCCCUUCUUCCAUUUCUUUGCAUACUCAUUCUUUCUCCCCAUUAAACGCUAUCAAACCUCAAAGACCUUACCUUUACAUCUCCAAUUGCUCUUCGUCCGCCCAAAUUCCGGAAACUCAACAAGACCUAGAAGAACAAUUACAAGAUGAAAGUUCGAAAAGAAGAGUUCUUGCUCAGAAUGCUCCUUGGACUUAUACACCAAAUGACCUCCGCCCUCUAUUUGAGAAAUAUGGUACUGUUGAAGACAUUGAGGUUGCAAUGUAUAACAAGACAAGAAGCAGGGGUUUAGUCUUUGUCACAAUGGGUUCACAUGAGGAAGCUAAGGCAGUUCUUGAAAAUCUUGAAGCGUAUGAACUUGAGGGUAGACCUUUGAGACUUGCAUGGGCUAAGCCAAAGACUAAGAAACCUUCUUCUCCACCUCCAUCCAAGCCGCUGCCUAUACACAAUCUCUUUGUGGCUAAUUUGCAUUUCGAAGCAAGGUCUAACGACCUGCUGGAAUUCUUUAAGGCUAAUGGGGCAAAUGUUGUUUCUGCUGAAGUCAUAUUCAAUGAUAAUCCCAGACGAUCUGCAGGAUAUGGAUUUGUUUCACUUAACACCAAGGAGGAAGCUGAUGCAGCAUUAUCCUCAUUUGAUGGAAAGGAAUUUAUGGGGAGAGCUAUAAGGGUAGCACAGAGUAAAAGAUUUCUGAGAGAAGAGACAAAAAAGGCUAUCCAGUCCCAAGAACUACCAUCUGAAUUGAUCUCUGUGGCAGAAUGAGCGAAUGCUGCUGAAAUUUGAAAGUUAUUCCUAUGAUGAAGUGAGUUUCCAUGACUCUUUGUUUGUAUAGAAGAAUCAGGCAGAUAUCUUCAAAAAUUUUGUAUCAGAAAUUUUUAUAUAGCUUCAUGUACGUUCCCUGUU